CUUUCAGUGUUUAUUACUCUUGACAGCUCAGGCAACUACUUAAUAAGUAAUGUCUCCUACUAAAUAGUGCAGAGACUAAUAGAGCUGUUUUUUUUUGUCAUGGAUCUGCUACCAACUAGUCACACAGAAUUCAGUAAUCCAGAUUACUGGGAUAAUUUCUUUAAAAAAAGGGGAAAGAUCCCUUUUGAAUGGUAUGGAGAGUAUCCCCAGUUACAGUUUGUUCUACACAAGUACAUCUCACCUUCAAACAUCGUUCUGGUCGUUGGUUGUGGCAACUCUGCCCUUAGUGAAACCAUGUAUGACAAUGGUUUGCAGAAACUAGUGAACAUUGACAUUAGUGACACUGUCAUCAGACAAAUGUCAGAGAGAAACAAGCAGAAGAGGCCAAACAUGGUAUUUGAGAAGGUCGAUGUCACUCAAAUGGGCUACCCAGAUGGCCAUUUCCAUGUAGCUUUGGAUAAAGGUACACUGGAUGCCCUUUUGGUUUCAGAAGAGAUGGAAUUUGUUUCUAAAGUUCACUUGAUGUUUGCACAAAUCGUUAGAUGUUUAAAGUUCGGUGGCCGCUACAUUCUGGUAUCUUUGUUACAAGACCAUGUGCAAAGGGUACUACUUGAGUACUUCACAAACUUGGGUUGGCCUAUAAGAAUUCAUAAAAUACAAAGUCAAGAAGACAGUGUCAAGCACUCUGCCCUAUCUAUGCCAGUUUUUGCUGUUGUUAUCACAAAGUUAAAAAGUUCACCAAAUAUCCACCAGAUAGUAGAAGUAUGCAGAUUUGAAGAUCAAAUAGAUCGCCUUGAAGACAUCAAGUAUUUAUCAGCCAUCAUUAAAGAUAUGCAGUAUUACCACAUAGUCAGGCAGCAACUAAGUAAACAUUUGCCAGGGGAUCAGCAAGUAUCACUAGAAUUACACUCCAGAGAGUCAUUGACACCACGUUACAAUCUGACUGUAGUAGAUGCUCCCACUCAAAUGUCCAAUAAAUUUGCAAUUUUCAUUGUGCCUCAAGGGAGAGAAACUGAGUGGUUGUUCUCAACUGACAAAGGUCGCUUACAUCUACAAGAGAGUGCAGGCUUUCAACGACUGGUUGUUGUCACAUUGAACAGAGGUCACGAGUAUGAAAAUAUAGAUGCCAUCAAGGCAGAGUUAUCCAACAAAGUCAUGGAGUUAGCACCCUUAGAUUGUCCACCUAAAGCACAGAUACCAUUUUUAUCUAUUGGUGAAGACCUGGGAAAAAGAUACCCUGUUGCCCAAGGUCACAGUGACAUUAGUGGGGACUACCUGGUUGAAGAUGUUGAGAUUAAUGGCAAGCAGGUGUUUCGAAGGUUGGUUUUCAUGGCCAACAAAAAUGUCGUCCAGUCUGAGGCUAGAAUGUUAUCAGCGAACAUUAAAAAGAAGAGAAGACACAAAGCUCAAGAUGAUGGACAACCUGGCAAUAUGAAAGUAGACAAAGGUUAUUUGUCAAGUGAUUACCUGAUAGCAAUGGUUGGUGGUCUCGGGUUUCUGCAAUCUUUAGAUCAACCGCUGAUUGGUGUUCUUAUUGGACUUGGUGGCGGAGCCUUUCCCAGUUUUGUACAUCAAGUGUACCCAGAAAUCAGCCUGGACUGUGUAGAACUUGACCCAACUGUUGCUGAUGUUGCCCAGACGUGGUUUGAACUAACUUUAGAUGCCAGACUUAGAGUUCACAUAGCAGAUGGCAGUCAGUUCCUUAGGGAACUUUCUACACAAGGUGAAAAAAGGGAUGUUAUUUUUGUUGAUGUGGACAGUAAAGAUCACAGUGUAGGCUUGAGUUGUCCUCCUUUAGCAUUCGUAGAAGUAGACUUUCUGCAGACCAUUUCAAGUUUGCUAUCAGAUACUGGUGUGUUUGUUCUUAACCUGGCCAGCAGAGAUGAAAGUAUCAAGACAGACAUUCUUAACAGGAUACAGUCCAUUUUCACAUCCUGUGCAUGUCUUCACUUAGAGGAAGACAUUAAUACCAUUGUGUAUGCCACUAACAGGACAUUAGAUGAUCCAUUUCUAGAUUUGGAAAAUCUAAAUUCUGCAUUUCACAAGAUGGAUUCUAAAGUGAAAUCUACAUGGAGGACUUCAAAUGUAGAGAUUGCAGAUAUGAUGUCAGCACUGAAGUUUUUAGAAUGAACUGAUUGGUUCAAUAAACACAUUUUAGUAAA